ACAACACGUGCGCGUAUUCAACGUGUGUUUUCCUAGUUCAGUUUUGUUUUUCAUUGAUUUCGGUUGUUUUUAACUGAAUCUCUUGCCAGAUUAAAGUAAAAUGGAAAGUGAGCAGCCAACGGCUGUGAAAGCCUCGGCUUCCAUUGAAGACCCUCAAAGUAACGAAACACCAACUGAAACGGGGAAACAUAAUGUUCCUGUAGCAGACGUAUCACCAGAUAAGGUGCAAACAAAGCCCACAGAACCUACAAAUGCAGUUGUAGAAAUGGAGCAACAAGUGAAGCAUAAUGAGUCAACACCAGUGAACGCCCUGAUUUCUGAUCAGGAAAAGGUUUCGGGGUCAGUUGAAAGUGCUACAAAGGAGCAGCAGGUGGCAGCUAUGGAAUGCGAAGUAUCACAAGCUGUCGAGGACAAAGGAAAUCCCGCAGGGGAGCAGGAAUCCCCUCAAGAAAUGGACUGCCAAUUGUCACCAGUGGCGGAAACCGAUUCACAGAAAGAUCCUUUAGUCGCUCCACAAAAUCUAGCACAUACAACCGCAAACAAGACGCCACUUCCUCAAGUGCAACCCGCUCCAGAGGCUAACCCAGCUCCUCAAACAAGUGGUCUUGGUUUAUUGGCUGCCUACGGGUCCGAUGCUGAUGAUACGGAUGUGGAGAUAGUUACCCCGACGCAGGACAGCGACAAUGAAGUUGUGGAAGUUCCGGUGACGGACACCGCUUCCUCCACCGCCUACCGUCCAGUGGUGGCUGUGAGUUCGGGCGGCGAGAGCUCGGAAAGCAGUAGUAGCAGUGACUCCGAUUCCGACUCGGAAGGAGAAUACCUAACUGUACUUCGCAAGAAAAUAGAAAAGCGCAUCAACACAGUCGCGUGCGAUGAGGAUGACGAGGAUUUGGAUGAAGACGGAGCCACGGGAGAUCCGUCCCGUCGACGCCAGCCGCCAAAAGUGCGUGGAGAGAUGCUUCUCGAAGAUCUGCCACCCAUUCAUCAACUGGAGAUCACUGUUCCCGAGGAUGAAUGCGUUGAACUGGGCAAAGUUCAGUCCAUAGUAGACCAGCUCGUUUUGGUUUCCGUUCUGCCCAAUUCCAUGCUCUUCGAUCUGGACACGGUUUUGUUCUUGGAAAAGGGUCGCAAGGUCCUGGGCGAGGUGUUCGAUGUGCUGGGUCAGGUGUCGGACCCAAUAUACUGCGUCCGAUUCAACUCUAACCAACAGAUCCUGGACAGAGGCAUUACAAUUGGCGACGUGGUGUACUGUGCUCCAAAAACUGAGCACACCCAAUUUGUGAUUCUCUCCAAGUUGAUGCAAGUUCGCGGAUCGGAUGCUUCGUGGGAGCACGAUGUGGAACCACCUGCGCGCCACGUAGAUCACUCCGAUGAUGAAGAAGAAAGGGAGGCCAGAAGUGCGCGACGAAAGCGCAACCAAAGGGAUCGUGCCAACUCCACCGACUCUGUGGAUUCACUUACCUCGGUGGCAACAACGGCUACCACGGCCACAGAGGCGUCUUCAGUGGCUCCUCCCCGACAGCGCGGACGUCGCGGGCAGCGGGAGAGCUUCAGACAGAGCCAGAGAUUCUCCAAUUCGCACAACUCGCAGGACAAUCAAAGCCAGCCCCGAGAUCAGCAGUACAACUACCAUCCCAGCUAUAAUCCGGGAAGCUGGCACUCCAACUACUACCAGAACUACCAUCAGGCAGCGGGUAACUUCAACAUGCCGCCACAGCAGCCGGGAAUGCCCUUCCCAGUGCCCAAUUUCGGCUAUGGGAUGCCCUACGCCAUGCCGCCAAUGUAUCCCCACAUGUACCCGCCUCCGCCGCCCUUCGCUGCUCCUCCGCCAAACAAUCAGCCACAUCAGGGACAACCGCCACCAAGCUAGACAUAAGCCAGAAAUUUCUGUGAAUUAUUUUUAUUAUUCCAAUAAAAAAUCUUAAUCAAUUUA